CUAAACCAUGAAAUUAAUCCAAUUCAAUUUCAUUCUCCACUCAAGGUCGAUGUUAGACUCCAUAAUUCACAACACAAAUGCGCAUGAUUGUGACAUUUUUAACUUUAUUAUCACUUUUGCCAUAUCAAAUUCAUAGCUACCGUAAGUAAAAUUAAAAUAAUAUAGUGUGUUUUAUCCUUUACUGAUUUCUUUUAUCACUCAGGUACGUGCGCACCCGACACGCAAUUCGUAUUUAAUAAUCGAUUAUGCAGUUGCAAUCACUACGGUUUAUGGAGUGAUGCCAGCUGCAAAACAAUUGAACGUCGGAUGAUUUGUCAGAUCGGACAAGUCGUAAAAGAAGGUUGCAAGCAGUGUAUUUGCCAGCAAAAUAGAGAAUUUGUUUGUACAAAUAUUUGCACUAAAGAUGGAUUAUCAGAUUAUAGCCCUAAGUGUAAGCCAUUUAAAUCGUAUUACAUCAAUUGUAACCUGUGUACCUGUCCAGCAUCUGGCCUUUCCGUUGAAGCUCACUGUUCUAAAGACUCAUCCUGUCCGACCGAUACCAACAUCGAUUUUCAAGCUGCUAUGAAGAAUUAUUGCAUUCCCAAUGUCAUGUAUAUUUUUCCGUGCAUCGAAUGUGUCUGCUCCGAAAAUGGGUUCUUCGUUCUCGAUAAAUGUGUUGAAAAAUGUCAGACCCCUGCAAAGCAAGUAAUAAGAAGAUGCAUCCCAGGUACGUAUUAUAGAAAAGAUUGCCAUAUUUGCUUGUGUCCCAAAAACAGCAAUUUGGAUGAAAAUCUUUGUACCAGGACCACAUGUAAAAAAAACAAACCAGUUUUUCUACAACUUAGGAAUUUAAAAAUGCAAUGUACACCAUUUACUUUUCUAAAACCUAGGUGUCUCUUUUGCGACUGUAACUUUGAAGGAACUGUCGGCGAGAAUAGAUGCGUGGAAAUAGAUUGCACAAAAGCAUCUAAUAUUAACUUAUAUCCUGCUAGCCAAUCGUGUAGCCCCGGCGAAGUCGUUCCAAAUUGCGUCGAAUGCUUUUGCCCCAAAAAUGGUAUGACUAGUGGUAGCUAUUGUACAAGAGUCUGCAACUACCAAAACAAACUACGUUUGCUACAAAAAUUUGUCAAUGAAAGCUAUGUAGAUUUAUACAAUAUUGAAAAUCUAAAACGAAAUGAAGAUGAUGCAUUAUGUGAACCCAAUUUAAUAUAUAUUGAAGAUGAAAGGUAUUGCUUGUGUCCUGAGAGCGGAUAUAAAAGUUUAAAAUUAUGCACAACAUCAAAAAUUAAAUUACAACCCCACAACUCAAGAACACAAGAUGCCGUUAUCAACAAGAUUGAAUGUGAACCCGGCACAUUCGUCACGGUUGACUGCAAUUCCUGUUAUUGCAAUGUUAAUGGUACAAUUGAUCGAAAAUGGUGUACCAACGAUGAUUGUGAAGCUAAAAGAACAAUAGGAGCCGCACAUAGAUAUAGAUCACUUCCAAUAACAACUGAUAAUACAGAUGGAACAUGUACACCGGGUUCCAUAUCAAAAGUGAAAUGUAAUUUCUGUAUAUGCCCAGAAAGUGGAAUGUUGAAAGACCGAGCGUGUACCAAAAACAGUUGCUAUGAAGAAGGAAUUGACCACACCAUAGGUAUGGAUAAAUUUACCUGCGAGCCCCUCGCAUAUUAUGAAGUUGAUUGCAAUAUCUGCCUUUGUCCAAAGGAUGGAAUCAAAAACGUUGCUAAAUGCACGAAGAAUCAUUGUCAAAAGAUUGUUAUGAGGUCGAAUGAAUGUACCGCCGGUCAUCUAUUCACUGUCGAUUGUAAUGUAUGUGUAUGCCCGCCAAAUGGAGAUAAAAUAGACAGAGUGUGCACUCAACAUAAAUGUGGUAUACCUCCUUUGAAUCUUUCUAAGCUGUCACAAAGUAUAGAAAAACCAGAGAAUAUAAGGUCGCUAGAUCAUUGUUUUCCCGGUGAAGAAUUUACGAUUGGAUGCAAGAUUUGUAUGUGUCCUGAAAUGGGUUUGAAAAUGUAUGCCAGUUGUGAUACUGUAGGAUGUGAUGAUACUGCGGAAAAUACCAACGGGCUAUCGAUCAUCGAUAGGACAGAAAAUACAAACCGAAAUGCGGUAUCCCAUAAUCGAGUGAAGAGAUUCAAUUUAGACCUAUGUAUGGAUUACACAGUACACGUAGGAUCUGAAAGACAUGAGUGUACGCCUGGAUCUAUGUAUAUAGUAAGAUGUCAACAAUGUAUAUGUCCAUAUAUGGGGAACAUCAAUUUAUUUUGUCGGCCACUUCCGAAAACAACCUACUGUGAACAAGCCUUUCCUGGAUUCAAUUACUUGCCCAUGGGCAGAAAAUGUCUCAAGACAAGUAAGGAAAUUUAAUUUAUUUUAUUUAAGUAAAUUAACCACGACU